AUGAUUCUGCGGUCUGAUAGCGCUCGUACCAAGUCUGUGGCUCGUCGAGUUAAUGUUGCUUCUAUAACACUCACUGUCGCCAUUGUUCUGCAACUCGCGGUUCACAUUGUCACCCCACUGCCCCUUGUUCAGCAAAUACAGCCCAGAGACGAUUCUUCCACUGUGUCGUUCAAGUAUGCUCCUGACUUGACGUUUUUCGGGCAAGGAACUGCUCCACGACCCUCGCAGCCACUUGGUCGGACUUGUGGAACCUCGGCUUUCACAGAUUGUACACCAUCUAAUGAGUUAUUUGAUAAGCUCUCCUCUGGGAGUAUUGGGACAACAGUCGCAGGUCCAAAAGAUAUUCAAUUCCGGAACAUGUUUUUUUACCAGAAUCAAAGCUCCAACAAUGAGCAAAUAGUAGUCGGCUUGACCCUACCGAUGCAGAAUCUAUUAUUGAAUACUAACUUCACGAUAGUCGAAGGCCUCAUUGUGGAUCCAAACAACGGUGGCGUUGGUUUUCGUAACCAUACUAUUCCUAUUGGCCUUCAGCUUGGAGCCACCUGGCAAGAAGACAUUCUUUGGAUUCAACCAGAAACCGUCUGUACAGCAAACAACUUUUCAAUACAUUUUCCAUUUGGCAACUCACAUGUCAAUGAGUUUUUCCCUGUGUUAAACACAGGGACAAGUCCGAAUUCUGCAUCGAACAGCUAUUUGCAGGACGAUGGUGCUUUCGUCUACAGGAAUUGGAGCAUCCCUUCUCCUCGUUGGGACAUCUAUGGUCCCGAUUCUCUCUGGAAUAUCACCGGGCCAAUCCCCGAUCUCGCUCAGAGACCUUUUUUGGGGGCUUGGUGGGACAAUUUCUUCACCGCUGCUGCGUUGAAUAUAUCCGCAAAUUCUACCACGCGUGUUGGAACACGGUACGGCCAACAUUUUACAAACUACACAAUUGUCGUAAACCCUUUUGCUAUUACAAUCAGCAAUAUAGAUGGGGCGAUCUUUGAUCAAGCGAUGCCGUACAAUUUAUACAAGUUCUUUUCUGCAAAUCUUGAUCGUUACAUCGGCAACUUCGGGGAUUUGAUCCCGGGAGUCAAGGAGGCUUUCAACUUUACAAGCUACUUUCUAGAAUACGGUCGUCGCUGUUUUGGUUUCGACGGCUUCAACGAGCCCGACCCAUUGAAACCAUAUAUUAGAUGUGGAAAUCUUUAUGGAGUUGCUGUUCCUGAUGAUCCCGAUCAAACUGAAUUUCAGAUAGAUAGUAUGGUGGGACAGCCUGCAUAUACCUGUGCCAGUUCUGUGAAGGCAAUAAUUAAGACGGUGGAGUUCACCUUUAAUGGAACCUCAAGCUUGAGUAAUCUUGUCGUCUCGAGUAUUACAGACAAGAACUAUACCAAUACAGAAGAUGAGCCAUUGUGGGGAGUUGAAAAGGUAGACCCAUCCCAAAACCUCAACAUCAGCGACAUAAAUCUACUCUGGGGACUCGUUAGCGACAUUUACGAGAAUGAUACCGAGAUAUCUACCAUUCGAGGGAAAGAAUUUUACCUUCCAGUUGCUUAUGCAAAUAACGAUAUGAGCGUGUUCAAAGAUAACCUUGCUGCUGCUUCAGUUUUUACAGCCGCCUGGAACACCGCCUAUACGGAAGUAGCUUGGAUAGCUGGUAUCUCCUUCGGCGGUCUACCUUCUUACUCAGGCAAUAUCCAGUAUUCACUAUUUCUGAAAUGGCGCGAGCUUUCCAACACAACCCAUGGAGCUGCUAUAAUCCUGAAUCUCAUUUGGACCGAUCUCGUGGCUUCCACUGUUGUUGGAACCACGACUGGAUUUGAGAAAAGCCCCGCUACCCAAGACUCAGGAGUGCUGGGCCAGAGACAGGCUUACGAACAUCACUCUGUGGUUGUCUACAGCAAUCUCUUGUUUGCUAUACCAGCAUUUUUGGUAUUAUGUCUAUGGGUCGGACUACUGGUUAUUACCAUUGGUCUCCUCAUAACGCGCAAAGUGACUGGAGCUAUGCUUUCAUAUUACAUGAACCACUCUUCUCUGGGCAGAGCCGUCCUAAACGCAGAGCACCCUGAUCCUGCAAUGACAACACUCAGUUCAAAAGAUUGGACGGAGAACUUUGGCAGUAAAUGGCUUGCAAUAUGGCCUUAUGAUCAGCAUACAUCGAUAUUGCAGUCGAAUGGGCAAGGAACACCUGACUCCGUGGCACAUCAGUAUGGUGAAUCAGGUGUCGGUUCGAUGGAGUUGACGUCUUUGAGUGAGAGGGGUCUGCCGCGUGUGCUCUCGACUGUUGAAUUACCUCGUGAUGAAGGGUUAUGA